AAAACGCGCACUCUCUCACUUGUUGGGGAGUGAAAUAGUAGAGAGCUUCAUAUACCACUAGACCCAUUUUGAGCACUCACACAUCUCUCUCAACCCAAUCAAAGCUAGAGCUUAGCUCCCUCACCCAUUUCAGGUUUGAGGGAAUUUUCUGGACAAUAUUAUGGGGUCUAAGCAGAAUCCUCCAGGAAACAGAACAAGACGCACAUUGUCUAUGUUUGUUGUGAUCGCUCUGUGCUGUUUCUUCUACCUUCUUGGAGCAUGGCAAAAGAGUGGUUUUGGCAAAGGAGAUAAGAUAGCAUUCGAAGUACCCAGGCAUACAGACUGCAAUGUCUUUGGUAGUAAUUUGAAUUUUGAACCUCAUCACAAUGACGUGGAGAUAAUUGAACACUCUGAACCGAAAGUUGAGGAGUUCAAGCCUUGUGAUCCUAAGUACAGGGAUUAUACUCCUUGCCAAGAGCAAGACCGAGCGAUGAAGUUCCCAAGGGAAAAUAUGGUAUACAGAGAAAGACAUUGCCCCACAGAAGAAGAAAAAUUGCACUGUCUUAUUCCAGCACCGGAAGGGUAUAUCACUCCUUUUCCCUGGCCUAAAAGUCGCGACUAUGCCCACUUUGCUAAUGUCCCUUACAGACACCUGGCAGUUGAGAAAGCUGUUCAGAACUGGGUAGAGUUUAAGGGUGAUGUUUUUAAAUUUCCAGGUGGAGGAACAAUGUUCCCUCACGGUGCCGAUGCAUAUAUUGAUGAACUUGCAUCAGUUAUUCCCAUUAAAGAUGGCUCUGUGAGAACAGCAUUGGAUACUGGCUGUGGGGUCGCAAGCUGGGGAGCAUACUUGCUGAAGAGAAAUGUAUUAGCUAUGUCAUUUGCACCGAAGGACAAUCAUGAAGCACAAGUUCAGUUUGCAUUGGAGCGAGGUGUACCUGCAGUUAUUGGUGUUCUUGGAUCAAUACGCCUUCCAUACCCAUCGAGGGCCUUUGAUAUGUCUCAGUGCUCUCGAUGUCUGAUUCCAUGGACUGCAAAUGAUGGGAUGUACCUUAAAGAAGUUGAUCGGGUCCUUAGACCUGGGGGAUAUUGGAUCUUGUCUGGACCUCCAAUUAAUUGGAAGACUUACUACAAAACAUGGAAGAGGUCCAAGGAGGAUGUCCAGGCAGAGCAAAGGAAGAUUGAAGAACUAGCUGAAAGCCUGUGCUGGGUGAAAAAGUACGAGAAAGGAGAUAUUGCUAUCUGGAAGAAGAAAGCUAAUACCAAUUCCUGCCAAAGGGAGUCUGCCAAUAUAUGCCGAACAAAGGAUGCUGAUGAUGUCUGGUACAAGAAAAUGGACACAUGUGUAACCCCUCCCAGUGCAAAUGAUGUAGCUGUAGGGCAGUUGAAGUUUCCCGCGAGGCUUUAUGCAGUCCCUCCUCGAAUAGCCAAUGGAUUAGUUGCAGGGGUGACAAUUGAAUCUUACCAAGAAGACAAUAAGCUUUGGAAAAAGCGAGUUAAUUCCUACAAAAGAAUCAACAAAUUAAUUGGCACUACAAGAUAUCGGAAUGUCAUGGAUAUGAAUGCUGGCCUUGGAGGAUUUGCAGCAGCCCUUGAAUCAAAGAACUCUUGGGUUAUGAAUGUCGUACCUUCAAUAGCAAAGAACACUUUAGGUGUUGUUUAUGAGAGAGGUCUAAUUGGCAUAUACCACGACUGGUGUGAAGGUUUCUCUACAUAUCCAAGGACAUAUGACCUUAUCCAUGCUAGUGGGGUGUUCAGCUUGUACAGGAAUGAGUGCAAAGUGGAAGACAUCCUUUUGGAGAUGGACCGCAUCUUGCGGCCUGAAGGGACAGUCAUCUUAAGGGACGAGGUCAAUGUCCUGAACAAGGUUAAGAAGAUCGCUGGGGCCAUGAGAUGGGAUACCAAAAUGAUGGACCAUGAGGAUGGACCUCUUGUACCUGAGAAGGUACUGGUUGUUGUUAAACAGUACUGGGUUGAAAGCAGCGGAAACAGCACAUCCAGUGAUGACUAACCAUGCGAUCAUUUGGUUGCGAGUGAAAUAGGACAUACACCACGGAGGGAUAGCUGGGGGACUGAAGAGUUCUUAUCCCCAAAGGUGAAUUGUGUACUGUAAUUUAUAGCUUUGUAUUACUGAUGAAUGAUUGAGAAUAGAGCGCACAUUUAUUUCCUUAGCUAAUUUUCCUGGUUUGACAGGGAAAAGGAUACAGGGAUGUUGAAUAAUUAGUUCAAGAAUGUCUACAGAUUUAUUCCAAGCAAAAUAGAACACAAUUCAUAUAAAUGUUUUGUUCUUAAUUGGCUGAUUGAAAAGUUUCUUCUCUUCC